UUUCAGAAGCCCUUUAAAAGUGGGCUCUUCCUCCACGCUCCUUUUCAGCUGGGCAGUUCUGAGAAGGGUGGAGCGGGCAGGGACAGCUGGGGGCUCUCUGGCCUGGUCCUCCCGGCUCUCUUCUCUCCAUCCGUGGAAGAAAAGGAUAAGCUCUGGACCAUGAGGCCGUCCCCCCUCCUGCCUCUCCUCUCUCUGCUUCCGGUAGCCGUGCAGCUCCUGGACACUAGGCAAUUUUUAAUAUACAAUGAAGAUCACAAGCGUUGCGUGGAAGCAUUAAGUCCCAGUGCAGUCCAAACUGCAGUUUGCAACCCAAACAACGAAGCUCAGAAAUUCCGAUGGGUGUCUGAAUCCCGGAUCAUGAGUGUUGCACUUAAAUUAUGCUUAGGGGUGCCAUCAAAAACUGAUUGGGUUCCUGUCACUCUGUUUGCCUGUGACUCCAAGAGUGAAUUUCAGAAAUGGGAGUGCAAAAAUGACACACUCUUAGGAAUCAAGGGAGAAGAUUUAUUUUUUAACUAUGGCAACAGACAAGAAAAGAACAUUAUGCUUUACAAGGGAUCGGGUUUAUGGAGCAGAUGGAAGGUUUAUGGAACCACUGAUGAUCUAUGCUCUAGAGGUUAUGAAGCCAUGUACACACUCCGGGGCAAUGCCAACGGGGCGACCUGUGCGUUUCCAUUCAAGUUUGAAAACAAGUGGUACGGGGAGUGCACAACGGCUGGACGAUCAGACGGCUGGCUGUGGUGUGGAACCACUACGGAUUAUGACACGGAUAGGCUCUUUGGAUAUUGUCCAUUGAAGUUUGAAGGCAGUGAAAGCUUAUGGACUAAGGAUCCAUUGACCAGCAUUUACUAUCAGAUAAAUUCCGAAGCUGCUUUAACUUGGCACCAGGCGAGGAAGAGCUGCCAACAACAGGAUGCCGAACUCUUGAGCAUCACAGAGAUACAUGAGCAGACAUACCUGACAGGUUUAACCAAUUCUCUGACUUCAGGACUCUGGAUCGGACUAAACAGUCUAAAUCUCAACAGUGGAUGGCAGUGGAGUGGGGGCAGUCCGUUCCGGUAUUUGAACUGGUUACCAGGAAGUCCAUCAGCAGAACCAGGAAAAAGCUGUGUGUCACUUAAUCCUGGAAAAAAUGCUAAAUGGGAAAAUCUACAGUGUGUUCAGAAACUAGGCUAUAUUUGCAAAAAAGGCAACACCACUUUAAAUCCUUUUGUUAUCCCCUCAGAAAGUGAUGUGCCUACCAACUGCCCAAGUCAGUGGUGGCCAUAUGCAGGUCACUGUUACAAGAUUCACAGAGAGGAGAAGAAAAUCCAAAGAGAUGCCUUAAGAGCAUGUAGGAAGGAGGGUGGUGACCUAGCAAGUAUCCACAGCAUCGAGGAGUUUGACUUUAUUAUCUCUCAGCUGGGCUAUGAGCCAAGUGAUGAGUUAUGGAUUGGCUUAAACGACAUCAAGAUUCAAAUGUACUUUGAAUGGAGUGAUGGCACCCCUGUAACUUUUACCAAAUGGCUUCGUGGAGAACCAAGUCAUGAAAACAACAGGCAAGAAGACUGUGCAGUGAUGAAAGGCAAAGAUGGGUACUGGGCAGAUCGGGCAUGCGAACGGCUUCUUGGUUACAUCUGUAAGAUGAAAUCACAAGCCCAAACUCCAGGAGUAGUGGAAGUGGAAGCAGGCUGCCGGAAAGGCUGGAAAAGGCAUGGAUUCUACUGCUAUUUGAUUGGACACACACUUUCAACAUUUACAGAAGCAAACCAAACCUGUGUAAGUGAGAAGGCUUACCUAACAACUGUUGAAGACAGAUAUGAACAAGCCUUUCUGACUAGUUUGGUUGGAUUGAGGCCUGAAAGAUAUUUUUGGAUAGGACUUUCUGAUGUACAACAAAAAGGCACCUUUCAGUGGACCGUCGAGGAAGGCGUUCAGUUCACACACUGGAAUUCAGAUAUGCCAGGACGGAAAGCCGGGUGUGUUGCCAUGAGGACUGGGGUUGCAGGGGGCUUGUGGGAUGUCUUGAGAUGUGAAGAAAAGGCAAAGUUUGUGUGCAAACACUGGGCAGAAGGAGUCACUCGCCCGCCAGAGCCCACAACCACCCCCGAACCCAAAUGUCCAGAGGACUGGGGUGCCUCCAGUAAAACAAGCUUGUGCUUCAAGCUGUUUGCAAAAGGAAAACAUGAGAAGAAAACGUGGUUUGAAUCUCGAGAUUUUUGUAGAGCUCUGGGUGGAGAUCUAGCUAGUAUCAAUAAUAAGGACGAACAGCAAGCAAUAUGGCGGUUAAUAACGGCUAGUGGAAGCUACCAUGAACUAUUUUGGUUGGGACUGACAUAUGGAAGUCCUUCCGAGGGCUUUACUUGGAGUGAUGGAUCCCCUGUGUCAUAUGAAAAUUGGGCUUAUGGAGAACCUAAUAAUUAUCAAAAUGUUGAAUACUGUGGUGAGUUAAAAGGUGAUCCUGGUAUGUCCUGGAAUGACAUUAACUGUGAACAUCUUAACAACUGGAUUUGCCAGAUACGAAAAGGACAAACUCCCAAACCUGAGCCAACACCAGCUCCUCACGACAAUCUGCCAGUUACCGAUGAUGGGUGGGUUAUUUACAAAGACUACCAGUAUUAUUUCAGCAAAGAGAAGGCGACCAUGGACAAGGCACGAGAAUUUUGCAAGAGGCAUUUUGGUGAUCUUGUUUCUAUCCGAAGUGAAAGUGAAAAGAAGUUUCUAUGGAAAUAUGUAAACAGGAAUGAUGUACAGCCAGCAUAUUUUAUUGGCUUAUUGAUCAGCUUGGAUAAAAAAUUUAUUUGGAUGGAUGGAAGCAAAGUGGAUUAUGUGGCUUGGGCCACAGGUGAACCCAAUUUUGCAAAUGAUGAUGAAAACUGUGUAACCAUGUAUUCAAAUUCAGGGUUUUGGAAUGAUAUUAACUGUGGAUAUCCAAAUGCCUUCAUCUGCCAGCGCCAUAACAGCAGUAUCAAUGCCACAGCUGUCCCGACCACAGCGUCAGUCCCAGGAGGUUGUAAAGAAGGUUGGAAUUUUUACAAUCACAAGUGUUUCAAAAUCUUUGGAUUUGUUGAAGAAGAAAGAAAAAAUUGGCAAGAGGCACGAAAAGAUUGCAUAGGAUUUGGAGGAAAUCUGGCAUCCAUACACAGUGAAAAAGAGCAAGCAUUUCUUACAUAUCAUAUGAAGAACUCCACUUUUAAUGCCUGGACUGGGCUGAAUGAUAUCAAUUCAGAACACACUUUCCUCUGGACAGACGGACGAGGAGUUGAUUACACAAACUGGGGGAAAGGAUACCCUGGUGGGAGAAGGAGCAGUCUUUCUUAUGAAGAUGCUGACUGUGUUGUUAUUAUUGGAGGGAACACAAGGGAUGCGGGAAAGUGGAUGGAUGACACUUGUGACAGUAAGCGAGGUUAUAUAUGUCAGACACACCCUGACCCUUCCUUGCCGAGUUCUCCAACAGUUCCAACAGAUGGUUUUAUUAAAUUUGGUGAAAGUAGCUAUUCGCUUGUGAAAUUAAAGCUGCAGUGGGAUGAAGCUGAUGAUUAUUGCAAGCUGCACACUUCCCACAUUGCUAGCAUUCUAGAUGCUUAUAGUAAUGCUUUUGCCUGGAUGCAUAUGCAGACACUGAAUGAACCUGUAUGGAUUGCCCUCAACAGUAACUUGACCAAUAAUGACUACAUUUGGACUGAUAAAUGGAGGGUGAGGUACACAAAUUGGGCUGCUGAUGAGCCCAGACUGAAGUCAGCAUGUGCUUAUAUGGAUCUUGAUGGCUACUGGAAAACAGCACAGUGCAAUGAAAGUUUUUAUUUUCUCUGCAAAAGAUCAGAUGAAAUCCCUGCCACUGAACCCCCGCAGCUGCCUGGUAGAUGCCCUGAGACAGAGCACUCAGCAUGGAUUCCUUUCCAUGGUCACUGCUACUAUAUUGAAUCUUCAUAUACAAGGAACUGGGGCCAGGCUUCUCUGGAAUGUCUUCGAAUGGGUUCCUCUCUGGUUACCAUUGAAAGUGCUGCUGAAUUGAGUUUCCUGUCAUAUCGAGUUGAGCCACUUCAAAGCAAAACCAAUUUUUGGAUAGGAUUAUACAGAAAUGUUGAAGGAAUGUGGCUGUGGAUAAACAACAACCCACUCUCCUUUGUCAACUGGAAAACAGGUGAUCCCUCUGGUGAAAGAAAUGAUUGUGUCACUUUAUAUGCAUCUUCUGGAUUAUGGAGUAAUAUUCACUGUUCUUCCUACAAAGGAUACAUUUGUAAAAGACCAAAAAUUGUUGAUGCUGAACCUACGCAUACAUUAAUUACAACAAAAGCUGAUCCAAGGAAGAUGGAACCUUCUAAACCGUCUUCCAGUGCGACAGGAGUAGUAGUCAUCGUGGUCCUCCUAAUUAUUAUGGGUGCUGGCUUCGCUGUGUACUUCUUUUAUAAGAAAAGACGUGUACAUUUGCCUCAAGAGGACACUUUUGAGAACACUCUGUAUUUUAACAGUGGAUCAAGUCCAGGAACUAAUGAUACAAAAGAUCUCAUGGGCAACAUUGAACAGAAUGAACAUGCAGCCAUCUAGUAUCAUGGUAUGAUUUAGGUAUAUUUGAAUUUCAUAAAAUUAUAACUAAAAUGGUAAGGUCUUUUGUUUUGUUCAAUGUGAUUAUUUCCUUUCAAAUUAUAGUAGUACUGUAUUAUGCUGGUCUGUCUUUUCCUUUGCCGAGUGAAAGAAAUAAGUGCUCCCUUUUCAGCCUGGCAAGAUAUUUUCACAAAAGAGGGAUAAUGACAUUGACUACUAUGUUUAAAAAGGUCUUAGGUGAAUAUACAACAUUGGUGUAUAGCUUGUGUCAACUGCAUUCAGAUUACAGGAACCUCAGAAACCAGCUAAGCGUCCUGAAAUCAUUUAAGGAGAUUCCAAAGACUUGUUACCCAUGAAAUGGUUAUUUGGUAAUUAUAAGACCAUUUUAAAAGUCAAGUACAUAUAGCCUCAGGUGACACAAAAAUUUAGUCACCUUUUUCCUUAUGCCCAUCUUGAUUUUUUUACUUCCAGGUAUUCAGAAUUGUAUUUGUACAUGUGCAGAAAGAAAAAGGCAGCUGAGAAUCUUGUCUGCCCCAAGCAAGAUUUCCAGGCUGAACAUUACAGAUGUGUUCUUUGUCCUAUUUUAUGUAUAUCAGGAAUGCAAAGAUUUGAAAUAAAAAUGUAAAUUUGCAUAACUGGAUGUACUUAGAUAAUGUGAAAUAAACAUCAAAGACAAGGUGUAUUUUUAAUAAAUUUGUAUUUUGGUGAUCUUGGUAAGUGUAAA